AUGAGUUCUGAAUAUGAGGACUUUGAGCCGCGUCAGGGCAUCGUAUUUGCGCUACAAUUGACACCGACCAUGCGGCCGCACUUGGCGUCGAUUCUGGCCAGUGUUCGUGAGCUCGUUCGCGAAAUGGUCAAGACCCAUUCGGGAACCGGCGUGGGGUGCUAUUUGUUCCAUUGUCAGGACGGGAUAGUUCCUGUUUUUGAGCUCGAGGACAUUGGAAUCGACCAAUUGCGUGCGUUGGAAUCGUUCGAUGCAGAGACAGUCGCCAGUCGGACACAGGACCCGGCCUUGGUCACAGCAGACGAGUUGGUGGAAGUGUUCCAGAACUCGCGAGAUGGGCUUGUGAAAAGCUACAACGUUCGCCGGAUCUUCCUGUUCACCGACUGCGACCGGCCGUUCAACGGGGCCACGUCGAAAAAAGUGCUGCUUUGGAACGUGCUGAACGACUUGAGUCUGGACAAAAUCAACGUGGUGCCGUUCCUGCUGGCCAGAGACGGGAAGUUCGAUCUUUCCGAGUACCAGACGGUUUUCGAGACGCUUGAUCAGUUUCGGCCCAGCGUCGAAAAGCUCGAGGUCGACCAGAUCCAGGACAAAGUGUUCAAAACGAAGGAACUGAAAAGAACAAGCUUCAGAUGCACGUUGCAAAUAAAACAGAUCAAAAUGUCGGUUCGUGGAAUCAACCUGUUCAGAGAACCCAAACUUCAAAGUCCGUUCCGUUUCUACGACGAUAACGGCGUCUACAGAUACGUCGAGACAGAGUCUGUGAAACUGGACUCGACGAGUGGUGCGAGGGUUGCCGACGAGGACGCGGUCAACACGGUCGGGUUUGGCAACCAGCACAUGGUCCUGGAGAGGCGAGACAUAGUGGGUCCAUUGGAGCCCGGAGAUAAUCCUGUGUUGGACAUUCUAGGGUUCAGAGACAUUGCACAUUUCAAUCCGCAUUACACUAUUGGCACUCCGCAGCUGGUUAUUCCCAGCGAGAUCGAAAAAUACACACAUUCACGGCGCACGCUGGCCACUCUGUACCAGUCGUUGAACAGAACGCGCAAAAUGGCCGUUGUCUGGGGCAGCUACCGCAAAAACAUGUUUCCACGGUUACAUUAUUUGGUGUCAACAGACAAAUCAUUUGGCUGGGAGACAAGUGUGGACGAAUAUCCCGAGGGACUUGUUCUGAUCCCGAUACCGUUCCGCGACGACAUACGAAGUCUUCCCGCGUACGUUGAGAAGAUGGAUCCGAGCUUGUUGGUGAUUCCGAACCAGUUUGACGAAUUGGUUGGCGAACUGGUGGACCUGUUUCAACCGCUGGACAAUCCGCAGAUCGAGUGGUAUUUCAAAGUGUUUGAGGACCAUUUGUUGCAGCGGGAGGUGAAGUACGAUCAGGCUGUUUCUUUGGAGAUCCAGAAACAGCAGACUAUGAACGGAUACGACGAAUUGAAACGCAAGUGUAUGGAGCUACGGCAAAAGAUUGCUGAUUCAGAGACUUUAAGACUGCUAUUCCAGGCCGCGCGGUCGGAGAUCAACAAGAUGGACAAUUACCAGGAGUUGAACGUUGAGGACGGUCCGUUACGUAAGAAAGCGUUGCUAUUGACAGACGACGUGGUUAUCAAAGCUUACAAGCUGGAUAAGUUGGAAGAGUUCAGUCUACACCAGUUGAAAGUGUAUAUGAACUCGAAAGCGGGGCUGAUAGGUAAUCAUUUUUUUUAUUUAUUUUUAAUGGAGUGGACAAGAGCUCAGCAGUUGUACCUGUUGAAUUUGGUUUGUUACCACAAGCCGAUUGGCGAGGACCGAGCGGCGAACUAUGGGAAGAUUAUUGAGCUGUUGGGGGAGAAGUUUCCGCAGUUCAAGGUUACCCGGGCGGAGGUGACGAGACAGCUGAACAAGUGGUAUAAUUUGAAGGGGCUGGAGAAGCUGGACGAGGAGAGCGAGGAGGAGCCUGUGGAGGCGGAGGAGAAGCAGGAGGAGACGAACGGGGAGGAGAAGAAAGAGGAGACGGAGGAAGUUGAGGAAGAUUCGUUGGCGUCGAGAACGAGACGCAAGUCUAAGGACGAGACGAAGAAGAGCAAGAGUGAGGAGCCCGAGAGCGGCAAGGAGGGGUCGGAGACGCCAGCGGCCCGGCGUCGGACGCGUCGGACAAAGGUCGAGAGCACUGAGCCCGAGGAAGGUGUGCGCACGCGGCGGCGCAGCGUGGUGGAGGCUGCGGAGGCCAGCGACGACGACAAGGACAAGACCCCGAAGCGGCGCGGGCCUCGCAAGGCCAAGGACGAGCCCGAGGAGAACGAGAGCGAGGAGAAGGAGAAGGAGAAGACUCUGCGGAGCGGACGCAAGCUGCGGAUCAAGGCCAAGGACGAGAGCCAGGAGCCCGAGGAGUCUGGGGCCGCUGCUAGUGAGAGCGACGAGGACAACGAAAAGAAGACGCCCGGCCGUCGCAAGUCGAUCAAGGAGGAAAAGGGCGCACGGACGCGUAGCACAAGACGGAAUCUGAAAAAAGAGAUCGAGCAGGAGGCUGCAGACACGCCCGAAGAGGCCAAGUCGGAGCCCGAGGAGAAGAAGGAGGACGACAAGACCGAGGAGGCCGAGGAGAGCUCUGAGAGCGAGGAGGAAGGGGCAGCCGAGGAGAGCGACGACGACCGCGACGAAAAAACGCCGGCCAAGAGAAGUGCGAGCUCGACGCCCGGGCCACGCAAGCUGCGCAAGACGCCGUUGUCGAAGAGCGUGCCCCGCACCCUGAAACAGAAAGAGACCCCGAAAGUCACGCCGGGGGCUCGGGGCAAGCCGCGUGGAGGAGCCAGUUCUGUUCCAUCGACCCCGUCCGUGAGACGAUCGGCGCGCAAAAAAUAG